AUGGCUUCCAGACCGACGGGCUUCAAUUCGCAGACGCCACGACCUUUUGCCGGGCGGUCCCUUGCCGGUGCCAGCUCCGCCCACGACCAGCGACAGCGCCAACCGCCACCUCCUCCGCAAGUGUCAUCCAACGAAGAAUACGCGGGCAUCCCCGACGAAGACCGCGAGCACAUUGACGAAGUAUUUGACCUCAUGGACAUGAAGAAAAAGGGCUACCUCAACAGCUACGAGUUCCGCCACUCCCUCGCCGCGCUCGGCUUUGACCUCUCCAAGCCAGAGUACUUUCGCGAGCUCGAGGCCUACGGCACCGUCCCUCCCGACUGGCAGGACCAGCAGUGCCCCGUCAACCGUCUGCACAUCUAUCUCGACCAGUUCCGCCUCUGCGCCUCCAAGCUCAUCAGCGGCCGCGACCCUCGCGAGGAGGCCGCCAAGAUCUUUGCCAUGUUCGACUACGAUCAGGACGGCGUCAUCUCCAUCGACGACAUGCGCCACCUCGCCCAGGACAUCAAAGAGGACCGCAGCCUGACCGACGAGGAGAUUCUCAGCAUGAUUGACCACCUCGACCACGAGGGCAAGGGCGGCGUCAACCUCGACGAGUUUAUGCAGAUGAUGGAGGAGGCUGGUUAA